UUAAAAAAAUUUAUUCGGGUAUUCAGAAUAAUAUAUUGGAUAUGGAUAAGCCAUUUACCUACAACCUCGAGUAACCUACCAACGGCUAUAUUUAUGUAUAUAUAUAAUAUAUAGGAAGACAGUUAGGCAAAUGCUUAGAUAGAACAGAAUAAUAGGAUAAAUAAGCCUGAAAUAGAAAUAUUAUUCAACACUGUACAUUAUAUAUCAUAAUAUAAAUUGCUAUACAAAACAAAAGUGUUGUUAUUCAAAUAAAUCGAAAUGUAGCGGCCAGUGAUGAUGUAUUGAUGGAUUCAAAAUUUUCAAGGAAGAAAUUAGAGUAUAUAGACAGGACAAUUUGGAGCGUUCAAGACAUUACAGGCGAUACGUACCGACCCAUAUCAGACUCAGAUUUUGAUACGAGAAGGUACGUAUCGAAUUUUUCUUCAUGAACAUCGUUUACAUGUCAAAUACGUUGAUCGAAUGGUUAUGUAUAUCAAGUAUUAGUUCUGCAUUAACAUUAAUAUGGCUACAUUAUGGAAAGAAAAGAACUAAGAACUGUACCAAAGUACUCUUCUAUAAUCCUAAUACCAAACCAAAUUGCAAUUGUCUAUACUCGUUUGAUAUACAUUGUGUAUCUCCGAAUUGUUCAAGCUUUAAAACCAGAGAAAUUAUUUUGUGUUUACAAAAAGCAAGAAAAACAAUGGAUAUUUGUAUGUUUGCAAUAUCGAAUAAGCCCAUUGCGAAGGAGAUUAUUGAUGCCCAUAAACGAGGAGUAUUGGUUAGGAUUAUAGUUAGUAAUUGCAUUUUAUUUGAAUCAAAAGAAAUUAAAGUCCUUAAAAAAACUGGUAUCAAACUAAAAUACCAAAAAGACUUUAAUUCUAGUUACAUGCAUAAUAAAUUUGCUAUCAUUGACUCUACAUGGUUGAUUCAAGGUUCCAUGAAUUGGACACAUCAAGCUACUUAUGGCAACUGGGAGAGUUGUAUAAUAACAGAUUUACAAAGUUUAAUCGUUCCAUUUGCUAUAGGUUUUGAAAAAACAUGGGCAAAAACAAUUUUUGUUUCAUAAAAUAUCUGUAUUUUAAAUAUUCAAUAUAAGUUUAAUGUAAAUUAAAUAUAUUUUUCAUGUUUAAUA